AUUAUAUCAACAAAAAAGUUAAAAUAUCAUUACAAAGAAAGAAAAUAGCUAAAAUGGCGAACGAGGAGGCGCUGAAGUCUCUCAUGUUUACGUUGAGCUACAUGCUAAUGAAACGGCGCAGGGACAUGAACAACGCAGAGACCCAGAGACGGCGUGAAGUUCAGCGGAGAGUCAGACACAGACAAUAUUUCCUGCAGAGACAGAGGAGGAUGAUGAUGAUGCUGAUAGCUCAAGGCACACGCCCCAUCACUGUGGCACGAACACGCGCUUGGUCCAACACGCCAAGCACUGAUUGGUGGGAGCGAGUGGCCCUAACAGAGUUCCAGCCCUCUGAUUGGUUGGAGCGCUUCCGUAUGAGCAAGGAGACCUUCUUUCACCUCUGCAACAAGCUGAAGCCCUGGCUGGCACGACAGGACACGUGUCUACGCCCCGCUCUGCCCCUUGAGAAGCGCGUGGCCUUGGUGCUGUGGCGGCUGGCAUCAAACGUCGAGUACCGCACGAUCGGGGAGCUGUUCGGAGUGGGACGCUCGACUGUCUGCAAGUGCGUACGUGAGGUGUGCCAUGCAAUUGGAGCCACGCUGCGCCCACUGUACCUCCGUGAGCCAAGUGAACAGGAGCUGGAAGAUGCCGUACGCCUGUUUAGCACUCGCUGGGGCUUUCCGCACUGUGUUGGCGCCGUCAGCAGCCUCCAUGUACCUAUUAUUGCUCCAGCCACUGACGCUGAUAGCUACUGGAACAGCCGUGGUUGGCAUUCAGUUAUUACCCAAGGUGCAGUUAAUGGCCUCGGGCAGUUCUGGGAUGUGUGUGCAGGCUUCCCAGGUGGCUCAGAUCCUGCAUCCAUUCUGCAAAACUCUUCUCUUUGGACUCUGGGGUGUGAGGGCAGGCUGUUGCCCCAGUCUUUACCUCGAAACUUUAUGGGCAAGCAGUUGGGGUCUGUAGUUUUGGGGGAUGCUGGGUAUCCUCUUCAGACGUGGUUACUGAAAGCCUACGACAGGUCAGACAAUCUCACGGCUGGGCAACGUGCCUUCAACCGGCGCCUUGAGAGAGCGCAUGCCAUCGUGGACGAGGCGUUCCUGAGACUCAGGGCACGCUGGCAGUGCCUUUUAAAGAGGAACGAUUGCCACGUAGAUGGAGUGCCAGCCAUGAUCGUGGCAUGCUGCGUUUUACACAAUAUGUGCGAGGUGCAUGGUGAUGAGUUGGCAGAGGAGUGGUUGGAGGCAGCGAGGCGGGAGGAGAGCCCCAUGCCCACUCACAUGGCGCCCGUCUUGGAUGACGAUCCAGCCGGGGAGGACGUGCGAGAACUCUACUGCCAAUAUUUCCUACAGCAGGAGCAUCAGCAGAACCAGCAAGAGCAACAGGACUGAAACGGUCGAAUUCCACUGUAUUGUGAAUGCUGGAGAUUUACAGCAUUUAGCAGAUGCACUUAUUCAGAAGGACUUAAAGAAGUGUGUUGGUGCAACAGGGUGAACUUGUUGAGGUUGAACACCAUAUGUUGUUGUUGUUGUUGUUGUUGUUUUCCUUCAUUUUUAGAAUUUGCCAUACUGUGAAUAUUUUGUAUUGCAGGAGAGUUACAGACUGACUAGAGCAACAGGACUGAAGAGAUAUCCAUCAUGUUUAGACCAGGUUUAAAUUUGUGAUUAAGAAUUGGAAACAGCACAGUUUUUUAUUCCAAAUUUUACAAAUUUAAUACAUAGCCUGAUGUGGUGUUGUUCAUAGCAUUUCUCUUAUUUUUCAUCAUAUAAAACAAGCCAUGAUGAUAGGAACUAAUCUGAUCUAAUAAAGCAUAUUAACAGAUAUAUUUCUUUUUAAAUGUAUAUGUGUUUUAAAUGCACAAAAUAAUCACACUCUCCAUUGUCACCCAAAUGAGGAUGGGUUCCCUUUUGAGUCUGGUUCCUCUCAAGGUUUCUUCCUCAUACCAUCUAAGGGAGUUUUUCCUUGCCACAGGCUUGCUCACUUGGGAUAACAUCUAGGACUAUUUGUCUGUUUAUAUGUUUGUUGUUUUCUUAUGUUGUUUCUUAUGCAAAGCUGCUUUGAGACAAUGCUGUUUGUUAAAAGCACUAUACAAAUAAAAUUGAAUUGAAUUGAAUUUUUAUAGGUCACAAGGAAAAGUAGCAUUUUGCUCACGUUCCGUUUGUGUGUCAAAAAUCUCAGUCCAUUUUUGUGCUGGAUGUAUUGUGGCAGCUGUGCUUAUGGGGAUUUAUAGAUUAAUGUGGAAUAAUAACGGCUCUAAGGUACAGGUGACAAUGUCAAUAUCAUUUAUAUUUUGUGGGUUUGAAUAAAGAAAUGUAC